CUUAUUCCUUCCUUCUUACAAAAGAGAGAGUUAAGUCAUCCAUGGCCUUGAAUGAUACAAUGUCAAAUCCUAGUGACUGGAUGAGGUUCUAUCAGCGGAACUUUGCCGGACAGGGAGUGCCGCCGGCCAUGUCAGACCAAGUCUCCGACGCCACUGCGGUCACCACAACUGCUACGUCCGUUAGCACAGUGACGCAGAACCCUACAGGCUCAAGCAAUUCAAGCACCAACAGCAGUACUAUGGCCUUGAACCCUGAAGGUCGUGUCUCAAGACCAAACCGGAGGAGGUCCAGGGCUUCUAGGAGGGCUCCUACCACACUCCUCAACACAGACACAACCAAUUUCCGAGCUAUGGUUCAACAAUUCACUGGGAUUCCAAGUACGCCUUUUUCGGCCGGGUCCCAAGUUGGUACGUUCAAUUUUAAUUUUGGGGUCGACAAUCGUUCUUAUGAUUCAAUUACAACUACGGCAACAAUGACAAUACCAACAGGAUAUAAUCAUCAUUACAUCCAACAACAGCUACAACAGCAACAUCAACAACAACAACAGCCACAACAACAAUAUAUGUUCUCAAAUAUAAAUAGCUCCGAUGAUGCCUUUAUUCAUCAAUAUAACAACCCUAGAGCUAACAUGGCCGUCUCCGAUGACUUCCUUGUGGAGCAUUUCCUUCCUCGAGCUUCCUAAGCCUGCUCUCUGUGGGGAAGGCAAAAGGGGAGCAAUAGUUAAACCUUUAUGAGGAAGGCAGAAAGAGGAAGGAAGUUAGGUAUUGACUUGUGAUGGAGAGGACCAUUAACUAAUGUAUAUAUUUGCCUUCCACUAGAUCUUUUACCCACAGAUAUUGUUUUAGUUAUACUAGAUUUAUACUUUUCUUUGUUGGA